AUGCUCUCCCGCCUCUUCGGUGCCGUCUCCGGCGGCCUCCACCGCUCCCUCUCCACGGCCGCCUCACGGCCCCCGUGGGCCCUGAUCUACAAAACAUCGGUAGACAAGUCUGGAGCACCGUCGCCGGGCGCGUCCUUCCACGUCAACGAGCCCCCGUUCGUUACCAACCUCACCGUCCCGGCCCACUUCGUCCACCCGCGCCCCCUCCCCGACCGCGAAACCGGCGAGUACGGGUUCGUCUCAGGCAAAACCGGCGCCACGAGCAGCGACGGUUUCCUCCUCGUUUGCUUCUGGGAAGCCCGCUUCAACACCCCCACCAUCGGCGACGGCAGCGGCUCCUCGUCAUCUGCGAUACGCGACUUGUCCUGGUUCGGCAUGAACAUUCGGCCGGAACUCACGCGCUUCGUCUGCAACCCGCUCAGCGGCGAGCUGUACCGCCUGCCGGACGUCGACGGCACCAAGAGGACCUCGAAGCACCACCACCUCGGCCUCCUCACCCAGUCCGAAGGCGGGCACGGGCCGCCGGAUAGGUACGCGGUAGCUGAGAUGUUUUCCGCCGAUAGCUGUGAGGAUGAUGGCUUCGUCAUGCGGCGGUUUCUCUCGGAGACGGGGGAGUGGGACAAGGUGGUCGGCUUGCCGUCCCCUUUGCCGCCUGGGCGGUGGAUGCAUAUCGAGAACGCCGUGGUGCCCUUUGGCGACCGGCUGUGGUGGAUCGACGAGAGCUGGGGUGCCAUCUCGGCGGACCCGCUUAGCGACCGGCCGGAGCUCCGUUUCGUCGAGCUGCCGAGAGGGAGCGUGCUGCCUGACCUGGAUGGCGUCGUGUUUCCGAGGACACUGGGCAAAUACCGGCGUGUGGGUGUCAGCGAGGGGAAGAUGCGGUACGUCGAGGUGUCCAAGGAGAACCCGUUCGUGAUCAGCUCCUUCUCGCUCGACGACGGGGCUAGUUCCUGGACGCUGGACCACGAGGUGGCUUUUGCACCAAUUUGGGCGGAUGAACACGCUUCGGUCUUGGAGAAGAUGCCGGCGAUUGGGGCCAUUGACCCACUGAACUCCAAUGUUGUCUACUUAAUCUGCGGUGGCCAACUUCUCGGCCUGGACAUGGUUAAGGAGAAGGUAACUGGGAGUUCUCGUCUAGCUAUACCCCAAGUCCAAUUGCCCCUCCUACCAUGUGUGCUCCCAACGUGGCUGGAAUCAAGCCAGAUUCCUUCUGCAGGUCGGAGCGAGAAGACCACUGGCAAAAGGGAGGCUUUGCCAGACACUGACAAAAUGGGGACUUUCCAUCUAGAAAUAGAGCUGCUGAAGUGAGGUGUACUGGCUACAUUGCAUUGCGGUAUCGCAAAAAAAGUCAAGACAGUUGCUUUGGAGGAUUAGGAAACUGAUGUUGGUAGUUUCCUGGAUUCUCAUUUUUGGGGGA